AAUACUGACAAGACAUGGACAGAGAAGCCUGGAGAGCUAAAAGAAGAAUUAGAAGAAAGCUGCAUGAAUAAAGAUGGGAUCCUUCAUGAUACAGAAAAGACCUCAGCAGCAGAGCAGUACGAAAGAGAAGCAGCUAAGAGGGAAAAGGAUUCUCUUGAGCAAAAGAUUAAAGAGCUGCUACAAAUGUUAGAGAACCAAGAACGAGCCUUCAAGGUAUUUAGAGUCAAAAUCACCAGCAAGAUGAGAGAAAGAGACAACCUUCUGAGAAGGAUGAACAAGAGGAUUGAGAGGCUGGAGAUCUUAAGAAAGAUAAGGGAAGAACAAGAGGAAUACUACAUGAAGAAAGAGGAGCAGAUCAAAAGAGAGGCAAGUGAGAGGGAAAAAGACCCUUCUGAGCUAAAGGUUAAAGAGCUGCAGCGACAGUUGAAGAACCAAAAGAGAGUUUUGGAGAGAUUAACAGCCAGAGUGAGAAAGGAGAUAAGAGAAAGAGAGAAGACCUCAGCAGCAGAAGAGUGGGCCAGAGGAGAGGCAACUGAGAGGGAAAAGGAACCUCUUGAACAAAAGGCUAAAGAAUUACAGUCAAAGAUGGAGGGCGACAGAAGUGCCUUCUUGAAGGGAGUUAGACUCAAAAUGACAAAGACGAUGAGAGAAAGAGAAAACCUUCUAAGAAGGAUGAACGAGAGGUUUGAGAUGUUGGAGAUCUUGGGGAUGAUAAAGGACGAGCUAGGGGAAUGCUGCAAGAAGACAGAUGAGCUUUGUAAUGCAGCCAAGACCUUAGCAGCAUGCACUAAAGGAGAGCCAUCUGAGAGGGAAAAGGAGCUUCUUGAGCAAAAGCAUAAGGAGAUAAGUCAAAAGGUGGAGGACCAAAAAAAAGACUUCGAAGAAUUUGUAGGCAAAAUGAUAGAGAAAACAAGAGAAAGACAAAAGAUUUCAGCAGAAGAGUGUGCCAAGAGAGUGGCAGCUGAGAGGGAAAAGGAACUUCUUGAGCAAAAGGUUAAAGAGCUGCAAGAACAGCUGGAGGACCAAGAAAGGGUCUCUGAGGAAUUAGGAGUCAAAAAGACAGAGAAGCGAAGAGAAAGAGAAAAGACCUCAGCAGAAAUGCUGGCCCAAUGGGAGGAUGAUAUGUGGGAAAAGAAGUUUCUUGAGCAAAUGGUUAAAGAAUUGCAGCAAAAGUUGGAGGACCAAGAAAAAACCUUCGAGAGAUUUAGAGACAAACUCACAAAGGAAAUGAGAGAAAGAGACGACCUUCUGAGAAAGAUGAAUGAGAGGAUUCAGAUGCUGGAACGCUUACUGAGGUCACUAGAAACACUAGAGGAACAGGACAUGAAGAAAGAAGAGCAGGCCAAAAGAGAGGCAGCUGAAAGGGAAAAUGAGCCUCUUGAACAAAAGGUUAAAGAACUGCAACAAAAAUCGGAGAACCAAGAAAAAGUCUUCCAAGUAUUAAGAGACAAAAUGACAGAGGAGUUGAAUGAAAGAGAGAAAGCCUCAGCAGAAGAGCAGAUCAGAAGAGAGGCUGCUGAGAGGGAAAAGGAGUCUCUUGAAAAACAGGUUAAAGAAUUGCAGCAAAAUUUGGAGGACCAAGGAAGAGUCUUCCAGAGAUUAAGAACUGAAAUGACAGAGGAGAUGAGAGAAAGUGAAAAGGCCACAGCAGAAGAGCAGAUCAGAAGAGAGGCCCCUGAGAGGGAAAAGGAGUCUCUUGAAACACAGGUUAAAGAAUUGCAGCAAAAUUUGGAGGACCAAGGAAGAGUCUUCCAGAAAUUAAGAACUGAAAUGACAGAGGAGAUGAGAGAAAGUGAAAAGGCCUCAGCAGAAGAGCAGGCCAAAAGAGAGGCUGCUGAGAGGGAAAAGCUUUUAGAGCAAAAGCUUAAAGAAUUGCAACAAAAGUUUGAGGACCAAGAAAGAGCCUUCAAGGUAUUUAGAGUCCAAGUGACAGAAGAGGUGAGAGAAAGAGACAAUUUUCUGAGAAAGAUGAAUGAGAGGAUUGAGAUGCUGGAGGCUGCAGUGAACAAGGAUAAUGAGGAAAACACUGAAAAGUACUGAACUUCAUAGACACAGGAAGAUAAUGACAAAGAAAAUACUUCACAGCCUUUUGUUUUAGUCUCAGUUUGGGAGAAGAUAAAACACGUGUGGUCACUAAUUACUCAGAUUUUUUGUUUGUUUCUUUUAAAUUCUGGUAAUAUUAAAAGUUUUCACAAGUGC